AUAAGCGUUAAGCAAAAACACUUUAUCAGCUGUGCUACGUAUUGUUGUGCUUAUUGAACGAAAACAAUUUUGUACAAAAAAAUUUGUUUGUUUCGAAAGUAAAAUUACACAUACCAAAUUACCAACAUGGCUUCGAGACUACUGUCCCGACGUUAUUUCAUCAUCUCUGGAAAAGAUUUGAAAUCUUAUGCCAAAGCUCUGCAUCAGCCUCAUGGGAAACAUUUUUCGUCCCAAGGAAGUGGUGAUAAACGCCAUCCACAUGCAAUUGUACUUCUAGAUGAAAAUGCUGAUGGUACAACAGUGUGGCCAGAUCCAAGUUUAGGAUUACUAGGUCCAAAAGAUUUGAGAAUGCCCUUGCCUGGUAAUGUUGGAUUUUCUCAUCGUAUUUCUCCUUCUGUAUCACCAGCUACUGUCCAAAGCACAAAAAAGACAUGGCAGGAUACAGAACUGUUUUCCACAUUAACUAAUUACGAGAGGCAGUAUCAAGUUGUAAAACAGUCAGCUCAAGAAGAUCUUGAUGAACUUAAUUCAACAGAAAUAGAAGAACUUUUAUUGGACCUACCUCAGCCAUCAGAUGUCCUUGAAUGUGUUGCUCAAGACUGUCCUAAACUCGUUCGAAAAGAUUUUGCUGAUCUUUUCCCCAGUCGUGAUGUCACAUUCGGCCCCUUGACUGUAGUAACAUUGGCUCAGAAAACCAAAAGCGAUAUGAGCUCAUGGAGUGAAGUUGUAGAAUACGAAAGGGAAGAGCUCGUCGCCUGUUUUGUCGACGCGGCCAAAGAAAUUUGCGAACAACUGCAGAAUGACGGCUAUUGGUCUGAUUUUAUCGAUCCUUCUUCUGGUCGACCGUAUUUGGGAAGCUAUACGAAUGCCACGUUGUUCGAAACAGACGAACGUUAUCGUCAUUUAGGAUUUUCCAUAGAAGAUCUCGGAUGCUGUAAAAUCAUUCGUCACGGUACAUGGGGAACUCAUGCGUUUGUCGGAUGUAUUUUUACCAAUGCUCCUUUUGACGGCGAUGCGCUGCAAGACGUUCUUCGUAGUCAUCGUUUGAAAAAUUAGGUCAAAUUAAUGCAAUCUGUGUAGUCAAGAAUUUAUUGGCUAGCUGAUUGAUUGCCGGACGACAAGAUGAACGACGACGCGACAUUAAACUGCAAAGUAUGAGUUAUGUU